UGCAUAAGUUCGAUUUGAACGAAAACCCGUUAUCGGUUUGAAAAUUGGAUUCUAGACAUGAUAAGUAAAAGAAUUCUGUUAAUGGGGGGAGCAGUGUUGACCACCGAGCUUAUCUGGUAUUUGUACAGACGUUUCGGUAGUUUCGAAGAAAAAACUUGGAUUGUCCGCGCAGUAUGGAAGACGAACGCUCGCAAAUCGAAACAAAACAUAUCCAAGGUGAUGUUUUUUUCAAACGAGUCUAACCUUUGCCGGGCACACGCCUCUAGCGACGAAAUCUGCCUCAAAGACUGUUGUCCAGUUCGGUAUUUGAGAGAGGUGGAAAGUUACAUAAAUCGAGCGGAACGGAGUUUGGACGUUUGCAUGUACAUAUUAAGUUGCCAAUUACUAUCGAAUGCCAUCGUGAACGCUCACAAACGAGGAGUGUUUGUUAGAAUAAUAAUGGACCGUCAUAUGGCUUCCAACGAAAGUGCGCAAACAGCUUUAUUUUACAACAACGGUGUCCCGAUUAGAUUGAAAGAUCUAGGUGUUCUGAUGCAUCACAAGUUCGCGAUCGUGGACAACGACAUAGUGAUUACCGGUAGCAUGAAUUGGACGAUGUCCGGAUUCUUCGGAAAUUUCGAGAACCUGCUGGUGACUAAUCACCGUUUACUGCUACAGCCGUUUAUCGACGAGUUCGACAGUUUGUGGAAGACGUUCUCAAAUUUCUCGAAUAUGUAUUUGGAACCAUUAAUCGAACCAUUGGUCGCCAACAGUGGCCAAUAAUUUAAUCGUCUUGCUGUUCGUCGGUGUCGUUGGAACUUUGGCGGCU